AUGUCGAAUAAACACCAACAUAUUUUUGCGGAAGACAUGUCGGAUGAGAUGUGCCAGUUCGCCUUGGAAACCAGCCAAGAAGCCUUCCAGUUGACGAUCACGAAAGGCCAGGUGUUCACAACGAUUGCUUCGUGCAUCCGCAAAGCGUUCGAGAAGUCGUACGGCCGAGGCUGGAACGUUGUUGUGGGGAGAAGUUUUGGGGCCUACGUGACCCACGAGAUCAAGACGUACAUGUACUUUACUGUUGUCCCGGGGGUCUAUGUACUGCUGUGGAGGUGGGUCGUGAUGUCCGUAUGCCGAAGGAGUUGUCUUGUUGCAUCGAUAUGGUAUCCCCUAGACGCGCCCGGAGCAAUGCCUCAGCGGGGCAUUUCAGUGCCGAGGAAAAAAAUACACGAAAAAAAAUCGAAGUAUAUUUUUCCCUGCUGA